AUGUCGUGCCUUUCGCGGCUCACCCGCAGGAGCAACCAGGAGCACAAGAAUCUGGUGGGAGGUUCAGCUGAAUGCAUCUUCAAAGGAAUUAUCAAAGUCGAUGCAGAGGCGCAACAAACGGAGAGCGCUCAGAUCGUCCGGUCACUGCUGCUGACGAAAAAAUCCAAAGUCAAGGCCAUGCCUUCCCUGCAGAUUCAGGCGGAUGAAGUGACCUGUUCCCACGGUGCCGCGUUGACCCAACUGGACCCUGAGGAGCUCUUCUAUCUUGCCUCGCGCGGCCUGGAUGCAGCAAACGCACGAAGGCUGAUGCUCAGCGGCUUCCCCAUGGAUUUGCUCGAGGGCUUGAAGGAGUUGAUGCCGAAGAGCUAUGCGCGAGUGACGCAGAAGCUCACGAGCAUGGCUGAGAGCAAUGCGGAAUGA